AUGCUUGUACUUCGCUGCCUUUCCUUUCUCUCUCUCUCUCUCUCUCUCUCUCUCUCUUUUUCUCUCUCUUUCUUUCUUUCUUUCUUUCUUUCUUUCUUUCUCCUCUCUCUCACACGCUCUCUCUCUCCUCCAUUCUUUCUUUCGUUCUUUUUCUUUCUUUCUUUCUUUUUUCUUUCCGCCUUCUGUCUUUCUUUCUUUCUUUUCGCUUUGAUGGCUUUCUUGAUUGCUUUAUUCUCUACCUUUCUUUUCUUUUCUUUUCUUUUCUUUCUUUCUUUCUUUCUUUCUUUCUUCUCCCAUAUAUUCCCUUUCACCAUUUAUUCCCUCUCCUCUGCUUUUCUCUCUUUGCUUAUUCCCGUUUGUCUUUCCUUUGUCCUUUCAUUUGCUUUUAUUUCUCCUCCCCUUCCUCUUCUACUACCUCCCCUGUCAUCCUCCUCCUCUUCCACCCUAGACCUGAACCGCUUACUUCUCCCCCCCCUUCCUUCUCCCUCGAAGGCGAAAAGCGCAAGUAAAAGACUGCCGACUUUUCCCCAAAUCCCUCAGAAGACUGUCUCAAGAGAGAUUAUCGUUUAG